CUUCUAAGGAGCAAACAAAAUCUAUAUCUUCGGUAGGUCCUCGUACUGCGCCUGCUGCAGACUGCCUUUCCGAGGAAAGCAUUAAGGCGGCCUUACCCGAUCUCGCAGGGUUGAUCAAACACCGACUCGCGCGUCGCGGUCGCAUUGUUUUCUUCCCAGUCACACCAGAUAAAGUAAGCCGUGUAGCAGACUUCAUGGAACGCUACCUGCGAAGGUCGCGUGAUAAUGGCGGUGUAGCUUUGCUGUACGAGCAGCCGAAUCUGAGGCUCUCCUGUCACGCGGGAGUGCGGGAUGCUUUGUUUUUGCUCCAGGAGCAAGGCGCAGCCGGCCAGAGUGCUUUGACUGCGUAUCUGCGGGAGCAGCUGCUUGGAGAUCUGGAUCAUGAUAGAAAAACUGAGGGAGGAGGAGAAGUAGAAACCCACCACGACGAACAACGUUAUUUGUCAGAAUGGAUCGCAACCGCGCUGUCUGAUGUCCCUUCUCUCGAAAGCCUGUUGACCCAAUAUCCUUUUCUGUACGAGCAGUUUUGUUUGCCAAGACUGUCAGUUACAACGCCUUUGCUUUCGCAAUUGGGCUAUUUGCGACUAGCCUUACUGGCUGGCGUGGACGCUGGGUAUCUGACUUUGCACCAUUUUUUCAUCAAAAUUAAGGCUUUUUGCACCCGUGAUUCAUCUUGUUGAGAAUGAAGCAUUAUGUCAGUAUAGAGUGCAGACAGUCAGUAUAGAGUGCUUGAGAAUACUCGUGUAGUCAGUAAAGAGUCUGCGAUGACAAAGCAUCAUUGAUUCCUGUUGUAUCUCUGAAGGUAUAAACACGGCCAAGAUCAUGUUGCGCUUCAAGAUGAAUAUACGUAAGCUAAAAGUGUCUAAAAAAUGCGGAGUCUUUGAUUUUUUUUGGGAAGCAGAUAUCAAUGUCCUACCAGAAUUCUACCAGUCUCACCAGCUGAAACGCCAGUUGCUUUUUCUGAAGGCAUCGCCACCUGCGUUGCGGUUUUUGGACGAUGUUCUGUUAUGAAGGAACGCCACUAGCUGCGAACUAGGAUCAGCGGAUAUAUUUCCUUGUCGUCAGACCAUUUAUAGGCUGAACACUAGGCUAAGAUAGGAAUUGUGUAGUUAGUUCACCUCUUAGACAUUAUGAUGUUGAUGACUCCUUCGCUUUAGUUUGUGCUCUUAUUGACUUCUACUUACAUCCGCCUAGAUCGAGGCUCGUUCUCACUGCCUCAUCUCCGCCUUCAUAACAAUCGAUGCUCUACAAGUUUCCCUUUUCGGUGUUCGCGCGCGUGUUACCAAGACUGAUAUUCGGUGCUCACGUUCCGGACACAGUAGUGAGCAUUUCCUUUGGGGAGGAUCGAGGACAGUUUCGGACUCAUUUGCCCUACGUACACUUUCUAGAUGCUGAGAAUGCAUUCGCGACAGGUGAAAGCUGGUACGGCGACUGGGGAAACCUAGUCCUCUUUGAGCUAGAGCCGCACACCUGGGACGCGCAAGGUCGCGACGUGCUUCGCGAGUUGUACAAGGGGGAAAGGGAGCAUGACCUUGUUGGAACAAAAGCGGCUUUUACAACAACUUCAGCUUAAGGGUACCGUCAACCUAUCUCUCACACCAUCCUUUAGCCAGUUCCUUCUUGGAAUAGCCUAAAAGAUGCUCUAACAGAUGGGUUGUCGGUGCUUCUAAUCAGUUUCUAGUGAUAUUGGAGAACAAGGCGACGUAGCAGAGUCAGAAGAACAGUGGGAGUUCCGAGACCAUGUGUCCGCAGCGAUGCGACGUGCGCAGAAGCCUCUUUCACCACGACGGCCUGUGAUAGACUUGUAUCGAGAUAUGGUCGAGCGUUUUGAUUCUAUGCCAGAGGAAAGGUCCAAAGUUUUCAUGCCAGAUGGGUGGCGCGUGCUACAUCAGCGCACGCUGAGGGGCUUCGCCGCACAAUUGGACCACGUCUUUGUGAACGCGGUACAGCGAGCCAAGCACGUUUGCAUGGCUUUGGGACCGGAUUUGUGUGCAGGUGUCGUGUGUGACUCACCCACGUUCGAGCGGUGCACAAUCAGAGAGGGGAAAGAGGCGGUUUCUUCAUCCUCUGUGGAGGGUCCUACAACAAAAGAUGGCGCGACGACGAACAACGAGGGAGCAACAGAGACACCGCGGAAACCAGUAGCGGAGGAAAUCUGGGUCCAAACCUUAUUCUCUCCCGAGGAGACACUUGAGGGAGAAGACCCCCCUCAAAGCGUAGCUCUGAUACCACCAGGAAUGCGGUUUCUCAAGAAUGAGUGGAUGCAUCAUGUGAACUUCGCGAUGAAUUGCUGUGCGGAAGAUCAGAAGCGAAGUAGCGAUACCGCUUUGGAGGUAGGACUGUUGCACUCUUCGGAAAUGCAGAAUGAAACACACCUGACAUUAAGGGUUUCCAGAUUACAUCCUGGACCGACAUCCUUGGCUUGUUUUCAAGUAGAAAACCGGCCAAGGACGUUCUGAAGAAUGUAAUGCUGCAGGCUUUAAUGACAGAAGAAUUCCUCACGCGCAACCACGCCCUGCUGACGUACUAUCGACAUCCGGCACUCACAUUAAGGUUGGAGCUUAAUGGUGAAUCUCAAUCUAGAUGAAUAUCAAUUCAUUUCACCACAAGGUACACGUGAGUAUAGGUAAUACGAACCUCACUCUAGAAUUCUUCAGUACCACGAAUACUAGUAAAAAGGAUAAUGAAAAUUUUGAGUUCGUUUGAAAAUUCUAAAGUCCGUCCACAAGACGCCGACAGCCAAGAGAGGCUACUACGUGUGGAAGGCGUUUAUUUUUUUGCAGGCUCUAGAGGCAGCCCCAGACGACUCCAUAGUCGUCUGGUCUGACGCAGGUGUGAGUUUCCUCCAAGAUUUAAGACCUUUAGUGGCUCGGUAUCUACGCGGAUCUGAUGUCGCUGGCUGCCGCACCGUCAUGAUGGAAGGAGACUUUAUGAGCAUCGAUUUUUCAGUUUGACUGCCUGCUUUUUCUAUUUGCAAUGUUUUGGAAUCCUGCGAAACUAUGCAGGACGUAUGACAACAGGUCUGUGCCUCGAUGCAGUAAGAAAGUUAAUAGGUCUACAUAUUGUGCCUAAUCUUAAGAGGCAUUGAUAGUGGUAAUUCCUCCAUGAGUCAGUUUUUCUUUCAUAAUCCGGAGUAAGCGAGACGCAUUUGUGCUGACGGACAUGGAUUUCAGGGCAGUAGUGGAGGGCAAUCAGAUUGCGAGUUCGCUCAUUAUGGCGCGCAAAACACCUUUAUCGCUGCAGCUAGCGAAGCAAUGGUUGAUUCAUAGUGAGGAUCCGCGUAUCAUGACCGAAGAGGCCUCGGUCUUAGGCUUUCCCGAGUACCCAAACUACCACAACAACAACGACGACCAGACGGCGUUUUUUAAGGCUGUAGGUUUUUUUUUAGAUUAUCUGGUUUAUUCUGUGGACGUGCACUAGUUAGAUUCGGGGUGGAAUCCACUUCUCCUGUAAUGUAAAUGUAGCAGUUUAGGGGAACUAGGACUAGCAUUUCUGCUUGAGUGAUCACUUUAUUCAAAGAAUCAUUGACUCUAGUCAAGUCCCCACCACCAGGCUGAAAGACAAUGUAAGUAGGACUCUCGUCUUCAGUCAAGUCACCACCACCAGGCUGAAAGGAAAUACAAUCCAGCACUGAUCUUGUUCUACUUCUAAGUUUUCUUUGAAUUUCAAGAAGUUUGGUUUUCUGGCUUUUUCGACGGGGCUGCGGGAUCAGUAUGUUCUUUUGGGAAGGAAUCUGGCGAAAUUUAUCGCCAACUCAAACGCUUUUGCGCGUGGGGAGUCACUUGCUGGGCCUGAUGCGUCUGCACAAAACGAUCCAGGGAAAGGAGAUCCUGCGUCGAGUGGGUCUGCGGACGAACAUGCCGAUUUAAUUUCGGUCGCUUUCAGCGUUGCGAAAAAGCCAGGGGAGGACAAGGUGAGAGAUCUGUCAGAAAAGCUGAAUCGGGGAGAAAUAGCACCAACCGCAGUGGACACGAGCAAUCAGAACCACUAUAUCGAAGCGGCGUUGCUACGGGAUGACGACGCAGUGCGCAGGCACCGGGACGGGAGCUAUGAAAUCUAAUUAUACCACGAUAGUUUCAAACAAUGCACCUGCACUUUGUAGCACAAAGUUAAUAACCAGGUAUUCAUAGUCGUUUUUUUUUCGAAGUUGAGAAUACAGUUUCCGGAAGUUUCCGGACGUUCGAACAGAAGUGGAGUAAGGUGAACGCUAUUCGCAAGAUGACAGAAGCAUUUGGCAAGAACGAAGGACCAAGCAAAGGUCUCUCUGGUGAUCCUCAGGAGAGGUUGUGACCUGUGAGAUGCCUACGCCUCUAGGACCGCGAGAAGCUUCGGCACUUCAUCACGAUACAUCCUGCACAACAAGGACGCGUCGCCUCCGUGUCAGACUGUG